AUUUUCGACUGCCUUUCUACUAAUAUUACAAAUGAUACCGUAGAUUGUAUUAUCCCACCGCUGAUGACACCUUUACACUGUGCAUGAUGUCAAAGCUUCGUGCAUAGACUAUACGCUCAGGGAGGUGUCACAAACUCACUGCAUUCUAACUCUGUUUUAUUUUUGUAGAUACUUAAAUGAAUGUUAAGCAUUCUAAGAAUGUAUUCCAAAUAUUUUAUUUUUUCUUUCCACUUGUAUUAUUGCUUCUAUAAAACGCUUUGGCACAUUUUCGUUAUUUGUCACAAUGUAACUAACGAUUACCCUGUCAACACGCGCGGAAUAAACAUGGCCGUCAUACUUGCACGUUGUAGAGCGAUCUCUGAUGUUUUCAUGAAGCAUUUGGCAUUAACCACACAUGGACCAUUUCAGGAUGCACGAUGCUUCAUCAGCAUGUCUCAGUCUAUCCAAUCUCCUGAUGCUCCCAAACAACCACCUGGCGCAUUUGUGAAGUUUAUGCUAGAGAAGUAUUCAGAAAUUCAAAAGAAUAACCCAGGUGCCACUAUAUUUAAAAUAAGCAAGGUUGCAAGUCAGCUAUGGCGUGAGCUAGACCCAGAGGAGCGAAAUGCAUACAACUUACAUGCACAAGAGGAAUAUCAGGACUACAAACAGAAGUAUUUGGUGUUUUUAGAUGGACUCAGUGAGCAAGAAAAAGCUCAGCUUCAUAAUGAUAAACGUGCAAAAAGGGCACAUCGAGAAAGAUUGAAAGAAAAACAAGAGUUUCGCAGUCUAGGAAGGCCAAAGAAACCACCAAACGCAUUCAUGCUGUUUGUGAGAUCUUCUCGGCUUGAUCAGGGGGAUGCAUCUGUAAUUCAAUUUAGUAAACGUCUUGCAGACUACUGGCACAAUAUUCCCAAAGAGGAGAAAGAGAUAUAUGAGGAAGAUGCCAAGGUUAGAAGAGAACAGUACUUCAAGGAAUUAGAAGAGUGGGAGAAGAAAAUGAUAGAAAUGGGACGUAAAGAUGUUGUUCGCAAAAAAUCUCUUGCCAAAUUUGAAAGAACUUCUGUUUCCUAAGUAGCAAAGAAAUCCUUCCCAUCAGCCAAAAGACAGAAGACAAUCUCGGUAUCGCCAGCUUCCAGAAGGAAAGUCACAAAGAAGUCACACUUUUCACAAGAAUAACAGAUUCUUGAAAUGUUCUGAUGCAUUUGUUUCAUGCAAAUGUCCUAUUCUCUUCGUGUAGACCUCUUUGACAGAUGUGUUUGCUUUCCAGUGAAGGAAUUUGGAUAAAGUGUCUGAGUAUCACCAGCAUCCAGAAGGAAAGUCACAAAAAAGCCACACAUUUUAGGAGAAUCAGAAGCUGAUUCCUGAUAUAUUUUGAUAUCUUUGUGUCAUGUGGGGUUUUUUCCAUUAAAGGAAUUUGGGUAAUUUUACAAGCUCUAAAAAACAUUAAAAUGUAUUUUGGCAAACAUCAUAAACAAGGAGAGGGAAAUUGAGUGAUUCAUUAGUGCAUAUGUGUGUGUGUGCAGGUGAAUUUGCUUGCACGCACUUAGUGUGAACUGGGUCUUUUUAUAUGAUGAUGAUCAAGUGUGUAGUGUGUCACUGAAAGGUAGAAAUGUGUGUGAAAAAAAAUAAAGGACUUUUGAUGGC